AUGUCUCGGGGAGACGAUGCCGACCUGGAGAUCCCUCUCGAGUUCAUCUGCCCUUUAUCGGAUCGCGUUAUGGCGGAGCCCGUGAUUAUCGCCUCGGGAUUGACGUACGAGCGCGAGUACAUCCAAGCCUGGUUCGACGCUGGUCACCUCACCUGCCCGCGGUCAGGAGAAAAAGUCCGCCACACCGAGUACUUUCCGAAUGUGGCUCUCAAGGCGUUGAUCAUGGAAUGGUGCGCCAAGCACAACGUUAAGCUUUCUGCCGGUCAGAAGCAGGCCGUUGGUCGGAAGACCGCAGGUAAUCAAGAGGUCCGACAUAUGUUAUCACUAUCGCAGGAGCAAGGCGAUCAAUCCGCUCACGUGAAAAGCCAUCGUAGAACUCGCUCCGCAGCAGAUUCCGCGUUCUUCGGGAACUUCAACUCCGGCAGUGCGCUCCGCCCAUCUGGUGCGCGCGAGGGGCCGCGGAGCAGCGAUGAAGGCGGGGGGAGCAGCGGGAGCGAGAUGUCCGCGCGCAACCGACGGCAGGCCCUUUCGACAAUGUCCGCGCGGGAGCGCGAGGCUCCUGGCGGUCGAGAAGCAGACGCGCAGCGGAGACGCAGUCACGAGCAGCAGAGAAUGACCGUCGCCGGGUCGAGGGAAGCUGCACACGAGGGUUCAGGCGCAGCCAGUCACGGCAGGGGCCCUGCUUCGUUAUCGGACAAAUUCGCUUCCGGGGGAGGUAGGGGUGCAGGGUUAGGUAUAAAUUCAACGGCCGCACGGACAAUAGGCAUGGACUCGGGAGCCCCGGGCAUGGCGCGCGCGGGAACUGCGCCGGUAGGGGGAGCGCAUCCGCUGGAGCGGAAGAAAGGGCCCGUUGCGGCGCCGCAUUUGCGCCCUGACCGCCGGCGCACUAUGAGCUGGGACGGCAGCCACGACCCUCUGGCUGCCGGCCGGCUAGACCCGUCUGUUCUGGCCGGCGCUGUGGUGUAUGACCGAGCAGCGUCCCCGGUAGCGAAAUCAGGCCCGCAUCCGGGCAGAGAGCCGCGCCCGUCCUCCAGUGGAGCUAGCUCGUUAGCAGCGCGCAGGCAGCGCAGAUUGUCCCCGUUACAAGCCUCAGGCCUGCUCACCACCAGUCCGCUUGGCAAUUCUGAAGCGGUCGCCUCUCCGCAGCUGCCGCCGCGCGCAGGCGGGGGGACUUCAGGGACGGGAGUUAGGGUUCCCGCGCGGGAAGGGGCGGGCAGCGGGGUGUGGUCACCUCAGGAGCAGUCAAGCGGGGGCCACGGCAGGGGGGGCAGUGGCGGGGCGGCGGCAGGGGCGGUUGGAGCAGCUGAAUUGCUGGCAGGAGUUGGGAUUCCAAGGUCAGGGUCGAUAACCGCUAGCUCACCCAAGCACAGGCUCUCUAAAGGCAGCAGUGGGGGCAGUAGCACAGGCGCCGCCCUCCCUCCCUUGUCCCCCCAGGUUCAGCAGGCGAUCCCGCACGGACAUGCAGGGCAGCAGCAGGGAUCGCAGGUACCUCCGCCACGUGCAAUGACAACCGUUGAUGGGAUGGUUGAGGCGAUGGAUCGAGGGUCAGCAGAGCAGCGGGUGGAGGCGGUGGUGCAGCUGAGAGCAGCAGUGAAGGAGAGCUGUGAGAACAGGCAGCGGCUGCUGGAGCGAGAAGACGGAGUGCCCAUCCUUCUUGACUUCCUCGAUGAGGCCAUUGCUGCCCUGGGCGGAGGGGGAGGGAGGGCGCCAGGGCGGGAGGGGCGCGGGCGGGGGGUGAUGGAUCCUGCACUGGUGGUGGACUGUGCAGUGGCCGUGGUGCUGCAGCUGUGCCAGUCGCGAGAUGGCGCAGCGGAGUUUAUUGAUGUGGGCGGCGUCCCUUCCCUCGUGGACGUGCUCUCUCACACCGGGCCAGCUGGCACGGCAGGAGUAGUGUCAUCAGCAGGGGGGGCGGCAGGCAUUUCAAGCAUGGUGAAGGGGAAUGCAGCUGCGGCGCUGUUUGCCCUUGCCUCAUGGGACGACGUGAUGGACGAAUCAGCGAAUGGGGGCAGGAACGGGAACAGCGCUGGCCCAAGCAGGAACAUCCACAAGACUAAGAUUCAAGCUGCGGGAGCAAUCCCCUCGCUUGUCCGUCUGCUCACGAAUGAGACGGCGCGGUGCAGGAAGGAUGCUGGGCUUGCCCUCUUCUCCCUCUCGCAGGACCUGUCCUGUGCGAAUGAGAUCGUGAGGGAAGGCGCUGUGAGCAUUCUAGUGGACCUUCUGGGCGAUAAAAGGCCAGGGGUGGAGGAGAAGGCUAUGGCUGUGUUGGCCAAUCUUGCAAGGACACGUGACGGGCAAGAGGCACUGCUGGCUGUGGAAGGGACUCUUGUGAUAUCGGAUGUGCUGGAGAGUGAGUCCGAGAGGGCACGGGAGGAGGCGCUGUGGACGUUACACCAUCUGGUUACCACAGGGGUUGUGGCGCCUGCGGUGCUGCUGAAUGAUGGAGCGCUGUUUCCCAUUGCGAAGCUGGCUUGCAAGAAAGGGGCCCUUGCGGAGGCGAAGGAAUUGCACCGGAUUUUGAUGACUGCACGAAAAGGGGGUAGUGAGCAAUGA